AUGUUACGAAUAUUUUUAAAUAAAAAUAUUUGGAAGUUAAUGACUUCAAAAAUAAUAAGACAUACAGUUUUUAUUCCACAUCAAAUUUUACAUCAAAAACACUUUGAUGAAUCUAGAUCAUCCACAAUUUAUGCACUUUCUUCUGGAUAUGGAAAAUGUGGAGUAGCAGUAAUUCGAAUAUCUGGUCCAAAAGCAUUAGUAGCUUUAAAAAGAAUGACAAAAAUAUCUGAAUUAAAACCUAGAAUGGCUCUCUUAAAAAAAAUUUAUGAUCCUGAAACAAAAGAAAUGUUAGAUAGAGGUCUAUGUCUUUGGUUUCCAGGACCCAAUUCAUUUACUGGUGAGGAUUGUAUAGAAUUUCAUGUUCAUGGUGGUCCUGCAGUAAUUACAUCAAUUCUAAAUGCUCUUGCAAAGCUACAUUUUCAAUUAGCACUUCCUGGUGAAUUUACAAGAAGAGCAUUUUUAAAUGGAAAAUUAGAUUUAACUGAAGCAGAAGGUAUAGGUGAUUUAAUCGAAGCAGAAACUGAGAAACAACGUAAGCAGGCUUCUAAUCAAACAAUUGGUUCUCUUUAUCAUAUCUAUGAGUCAUGGCGUAUUAUUCUUUUAAAUAUUCUUGCCAAUUUAGAAGCUUAUAUUGAUUUUGCUGAAGAGCAUAAUGUAACUUCUAAUGUCUUAGAAGAUACUAAAAUUAAUAUUCAAAAAUUAUAUAUAAAAAUACAACAACAUCUUUCCGAUGAAAGAAAAGGAGAAAUUUUACGUAGUGGAAUACAUGUAGCAAUUCUUGGAAAACCUAAUGUAGGAAAAAGCAGUUUUUUAAAUCUUCUCUCUAAAAAAAAUGCAGCUAUUGUUACAUCUUUACCAGGAACAACAAGAGAUAUUAUAGAAUUAACAAUAGAUAUCUGUGGAUAUCCAAUGAUCCUUGCAGAUACUGCUGGGAUUAGAAAUGACCCAGAAAAUGAAAUAGAAAUAGAAGGUAUUAAAAAAACAAAGGAAUAUUCAAAAAAAGCAGAUUUUAUUAUAUGCAUAAUUAGUGCAGAAAAUAAUGUAAAAACAUCUUUGGAAGAUUUUCUAAAACAAUAUAAGAAUUUUCUGGAAAUAGAUAAAAAAAGAGUUCUUUUAAUAUUAAAUAAAAUAGAUUUGAUUAAAGAAGAUGAAAUAAAAAAUUGGAGAAAACAAAAUGUUAUUCCUAUAUCAUGUAAAACACAAGAAGGUUUAAAAGAACUUAUAAAUGCAUUGGGACAAUGUUUUGAAGAAAUAUGCGGAAAUCCAUGUAAAGAAAGUCCUGUUAUCAGUCAUGCUCGAUAUAGAAAUCAUUUAUUGCAUGUUUUAGAUUAUCUUAAAUACUAUUUAGAGAAAACUGAAAUAGCAAAUUAUGAUAUGGCUAUAUCUUUACAGGAUAUUAGAAAUGCAGCAAGAGAACUUGGCAAAAUAACUGGUUCUAUUAAUAAUGAAGAAGUUCUUGAUAUUAUUUUUAAAAAUUUUUGUAUAGGAAAAUAAAAAUGCAUACAUUUAAAAAUCAGUAUUUAUACUUGGUAUUUAUUAAUAAAAAUGAAAAGGCAUAAUCAUUAUUUAUGAAAGAAUAUAUAACACAUUUUUAUAAUAAAAUAUAAAAAAAAAUUCUGUUAAAGAAUUCAAAAUUAUUAUUAAAGACAUAAUUAUCAA